AAAAAGAAGCUCCAACCCACUGGUCCCUAUCGCUCUACAAACUAAGCAGUCAAAGCUCCAAUCUUUCUCUGUCACCACUUGAGCUGUUUCUUAAAGAAUGCAGUUUUGGUGAAGCUAUACCUUUCUCACUCUGUACAUUUACCCUUACAUCUGUAUUAUGAACAUUACAAGUUUACAGCUUUCCAUUUCGUUCCUAAAUUGUUGUGCAAUGGACGAAGGCAUUGGAGGUUGUUUGUAUGAAUGCAUUUGAGAAGGUGAACAACUUCAGCUGAUUUUUCUGUUGGAAUGUGUGGAGUGCAGGGACUAGAUUUCCGAUCUCAGGCUGUUCAAUUUGCAGUUUUGUAAAGAAACGCGAACGUUUAGUUUGUUUUACGAGUCUACAGAGAAAUCUAGGGUUUCUCGUGUGUGAGCAUUAUAAGGCUUUUCAAACGUUGAUAACUGAUAGAUGGUUUAGGGUUUGCGUAUGCAAUGAAUAGGAGCUUUCGAGCUGAAGAGUCACGGACGAAGCAGAAAAUGGGGAGUUUGAGGAGCUCGAUAAUGAAAGAGAAGGACGAGGAACUCGGAUUGUUCCUUGAAAUGCGGCGGCGAGAGAAGGAACGCAACGACCUUCUUCUUCAAGAAUCAGAGGAGUUUGAUGCUCCACUUGGACCAAACACCGGUAGUUCUCCUGUGUUCAGUAUUCCCUCAGCUGCUCCUGCUCGUAAAACUGUUGCCGAUGACUUUCUCAAUUCCGACAAUGAUAAGAAUGACUAUGACUGGCUUUUGACACCUCCUGGAACUCCUCUUUUUCCUUCAUUGGAGAUGGAGUCACAUAAAAAGGCAGCGGAUAAUCUGGGAACUGUAAAGCCCCGCCCAACCGCUCUUAAAUCUAGACUUUCGAAUCAACCGGAGCCCACCGCCAGAAGCAAUAUAAUAUCCAGACAGCCGGCUUUGUCCCCAGGAAAUAAUUCAAGUUCUGGUCUUAGAAGACCCACUUCUGCAGGGGGAUCAAGGUCAUCAACUCCGACUGGGCGACCCACAUUGUCCACAUCCAGAUCUGCCCUUGCGUUGGCAGCUAAGCCAACAACAAAUAUAUCAUCUAAAGGAACGUCAACUUUAACAGCAUCUAAAUCAUCACCAACUACCUUAACAGCGUCUAGAUCUUCAAGGUCAGCCACACCUACCUCACGUGCAGUGCCCCCUUCAACCAAGUCCGCAGUUCCUCCGAGAUCGUCAACACCUAAUUCCAGGUCUACUGCUAGACCAUUGACACCAACGUCAAGGCCUUCGAUUCCCGGGUCAAAAUCAACAUCACGUGUGUCAACCCCAACUCGCCGUCCCGUGACUUCAUCUGCAAUACAGACAGGUGCUCCUCCCCCGGCCAGGUCAGCAUCAUCUUCAGUAGCAAAGUCAUCUAGUACUACUGUAUCAAGAAAUCCUGCACCACCACGUGCCAGUUCUCCGACUGCUAAGCCGAGACCAUGGAAUCCUUCAGAAAUGCCUGGAUUCUCAUUAGAUGCUCCACCAAAUCUUAGGACUUCACUAUCUGACAGACCUGCUUCAGCAACCAGAGGCAGGCCCGGAGCACCCAUUUCCCGCUCUUCAUCCAUUGAGCCUUCUGGAAAUGGGAGAGGUAGACGGCAAUCAUGUUCUCCAUCAAGAGGCCGCCCUCCAAAUGGUGUCAUCCACAACAGUGGAAGCUCGGUCCCCGUGCCGGCUAUGAGCCGGUUGCAUGCUAAAGCUAAUGACAACAUGAGCCCUGUAAUGAUCGGGAAUAAGAUGGUUGAAAGGGUGAUAAAUAUGCGGAAGCUUGCUCCUCCUAGGCAAGACAAUCACAAAAACUCACCCAAUAGUAAUUUGUCUGCAAAAUCUUCAUCACCUGACAGCACAGGUUUUGGAAGAACACUAUCCAAAAAGUCUUUGGAUAUGGCUAUGAGGCACAUGGAUAUAAGGCGAGCAGUUCCAGGUAAUCAACGGCCAUCAAUGACUAAUAUCCCGGCAUCAUCGAUGUACAGUGUGAGAUCACGGCAUAGUAGGAGCAGGACAGUGAGUGUUACCGAUUCACCACUAGCAACAAGCAGUAAUGCUAGUUCUGAAGUCAGUGUUAAUAACAAUGCACUUUGCAUUGAUGAGGUUAGCAGUGAUAGAGGUGGGGUUCGAUCUCCCGCCAGCAUCCGUAGUAGUAGGUAACAUCUCUGAAGCAGUAGCAGCAUCUUGAGAGCUGAACAUUAUUUAAAUUGCUUUUUGAGGAGAAUUCUGUGGACAAGGUUCAACUGGCGUGAGUAUGUAAAGAUGCAUGAACUAGGUAGCUUUUGUAGUUAGUGCUUCUGUAUCAUCAUUAGAAACCCUAAUCCAUUUUUAUGCUCUAUUGUUCUUCAGAAAACAAAAAACCCCUCCUGCUUUUGUACUUUUUAGCAAACUAGAUCGUAGUAAUGUUCUUGAAAAUGCACCAAUUUUAGUCUCAUC